AAAAGAAAAAAUGUGCGCUGACUCGUGAUUAUAAUUCCCGCCAAUAUAAACAAAUUGAUAAACAUAUGUGGAUGGUUGAGGUUAAGUCUGAAAUCCAAUGGUACCUUUAUUUUAUUCAUUUAUUCGUUAUCUUGCUUUUGUAAUGCAGCUGGAAUUUCCUGCUUAAAAGGAUACCAUAAAAAUGUCUGAAUGGAAGACUAUGGAAGAUAUAGAAAGAGAUCUCUUCGAAUAUUCACAAUUAGAAUACCCAGGUAGUUCUCUCACUAUUGCACCGCCUAAAUCAAUUGCUGAAUAUAGAGCAAGAACCACGACAUCUCGAAAUCCAGGAAUAUUUGAUGAUCGUCCUGAGAGAAGGGAAAUUUUCAUUAGUGGACGUGGUAAACACCAUCCUGGUACUAUCAUCAUACCAGGACAACCAGUUGUUUCAUACCCAGAGGAAGAUAUGGAUCUCAGGAGAAAAAUUAGAGAGGUUUCAGGCUUGGGGUAUGGUAAUGAGCUUACAGAAAGUUUGUGCAGGCAAGAAGUCUCUUCAGAUGAAGAGGAAAGCAAUACUGGAUUUGUUCUACCAAAUCUCAAGUUACGUCCUUCUAAACCCAAUACAAUCCAAAAAAAACAAUGUUUUUCUCCCAGGAAAAGUCCAAAACUAGAAGCAGCCGAGAGCAAAAAAAAUUAUAUGAAAAAAGAAUUGAAUGAAAUGAAAGGUCUAACUGCAGCACAGAAGAUUGAGAAAAAUGAACAUGAAACAAGUGAAAAUGUUGAGGAAAAUAGUGAAUUUCCAGCCGAAAGGGCUCGUACUUCAGAAGUUCUUCCAAGAGGAAUGUUUGAUGAGGAAGAUGUGCCUGGAAUUUUGAUAAGUAGGAAAGAUAUUCCUGCAAACUCUGUUAACGAGGAUGUCUUACCAACAGAUACUGAGAGAUUUCAGGAGGAAGCAUCAAAUUAUGACAAUGUUGACCACAUGAUCAAUGAAGAUAAACCAAUAUCAGGAGGAAACACAAGCUCAAGUAGUCAAAAUAUCAAAGAAAAUAAAAAAGAACAGAAGAAGAAAAAAAUGAAAUUUAAGCCAUUCAAUAGGAAUUCUAAUUCUCAGUCUUCAAACCAACCUUGGAUACCAAACUUCGCUGCAAAAUUUAAAGAUGAUAAUGAGUUUCCACCCUUAUGACAGUUUUUAUUGUUGUUAAUUGUUUUAUUGAAUUUUCAAAAUAAUAUCCUGUGAAAAUGAUAUGUAACUCCAACUUUCCACUAUACUGUAGUUUAUUGAAACAUUGAAAGAUGAUAACAAUCAGAAUUUGAAUAAUUUUCUGUGCAAUAAGAUCGUUUAUCACUAGUUAUUUUGUAAAAUAUCAAAUCAUAUUUUUUAAUAAUAUUUUUAUAACUAGUUACACAAUUUUUAUUUUGUGACAUAUCAAAUCAUAUUUUAUAAUAAUAUCUUUUAUAACUAGUUAAACAAUUUUUAUUUUGUAAAAUAUCAAAUCGAAUUUUAUAAUAAAGAAUUGUGUUCAUAUGAAAA